AUGGGCCUCCUGGGACUUAUUUUUCUCUUUCUUCUCCACGGGCCCCUCAGAAGCUGCCCCUUCGCCUUGUUAGCGAAUCCGGCAGGCUCGUUUUCAGGUGUACGUACACCUCACAUCAGGCCCGCAGCCCUCAGCAGCUCUUUUGCUGCAGCAGCAGCAGCAGCACGGGGGCCAGCCGCAGCAGCAGCAGGAGAAACAGCAGCACAAAUAACAGCAUUACAGGCAGCAGCAGAGUCAUUUGCAGCAGCAGCAGCAUCACAAGAAGACGGAGCAGCAGCAGAAGAAGAGCCACCUUUGUUCCCACCGUCGGAAGCAGCAGCAGCAGCAGCAGCAGCAGAAAGCCCCCCCGUUUGGUCAAUCAGCGACUUGCCCGACUUUGAUGCUGCUGUUUUGUCAGCAGCAGCAGCAGCAGCAGGAAGCCACAAAGUGGAAGAUGUGGUUUGUUUUGUCACAAAAAGAAGAAGCAGCAGCAGCAGCAGCAGCAGCAGUAGUAGUAGUAGUAGUAGGAGGAGGAGGAGUAGCAGCAGCAGCAGUAGGAGGAGGAGGAAGAGCAGCAGAAGGAGAAAGAGGAGGAGGGGGAGCAGCAGCAGAAGGAGACGAAAAAUAAUAAAAGCAUAA